AUGGAAUACCGACUAGAAUUAAACAAUUGUUCAUCAUCUGAUAUACCGAAUAGUGUUCGUUGUGGCCAACUUCAACAACAGUUGAAAUAUUAUAAAUUUCAUCGUGUACCAACAAAGACUGACAAAGCAGUAUUCUAUCUAUUUUUUCGGAAGGAAGAGGAGAUAUAUUAUGCUCUCCGAGCUGCAGUAUCAAUAAAAAUUAUUUCUCUUGUUAGAUAUCGCCAUCGAAAUGCAGUUUCUCCUUCUAUACGUCGUUCGGAUGAUAUUCCACCUUCUGAACUACAAUAUCGUUCAGUACCACCUAAAAAUAUUGUUGAUAUGAUUCGUUACAAUUUUACCAAAUACUAUGAUAGAUUUGCAAAUAGGGAUAUUUUCAAAUUGUUCGUUCGUCGAGUAUCCGAGCAAAUAGUUGCUCAACGAUUGAAGAUUCCUGAAGUGCACGAUUGUAUUUGUGAGCUUAAUCACUGGUGGUGGAUGAAUCAUGAAUAUGUUAUUAACAACUCGCAACAUGUGCAGAAAUUGUUAGACAUUUUCUUCAAAUAA